AUGUCGAGUUCGACGAGAGGUCGAGCAGGCAAGUACUCGAAGGCGAAACGAGGAGGCGGCCGCAACUUCUCCAAGAACCUCCGACCACUAGAUGCCGACGGCGUGGAGCGCAGCAUGUGGGCCGAGCCCGCGAAAGCAGGCGAAGAAGACGACGACGACGACGACGACGAUGACGAUGACGACUCCGACGAGGAUGAUGAUGACGCCCGACCCGCACAACCCCAACAAGAAAUGACUCGUGAGCAACGGCGAGCCGCCGCAAAGGCCAAGAAAGAGGCGGCCAUCAAGCGAAAACAGAGUGGUCCGGCCGCCCCUGGCGACCUACCUUCGUCAGACGACGACGAUGACGACGACGACGACGACGAAGACAUGCCCGCCAACCCCAACCACAGCGCCGCAGCCGCCAAACAAGCCGCCGUAGCCGCCGUUAAACCUACCGAGGCCCCCGCACCACGCAAGAUAAAGAAGGACGCGGAUGUAUCUCAACUUUCGCGCCGAGAACGCGAGGCUCUCCAAGCGCAGCAAGCGAAAGAGCGCUACCAGAAGUUGCAUGCGGAGGGCAAGACGGAGGAGGCACGCGCGGAUAUGGAGAGGUUGAAGUUGGUGCGGCAGCAGCGGGAGGAGGCCGCGGCGAUGAAGGCGGCGGAGAAGCAGGAAAAGGAGUUGUUGGAUAAGGAGAAGAAGGAGCAGAUGGAUCGGUUGGAAAGGGCGGAGAAGCUGAAGGCGGCGAGGGGGGCGAGAGGGGCGAAGAAGGGGGGGAAGGCCUGA